AUGUGGUUCUCUUUCUGGAGAUCCAGAGACCGUUUCUCCCUGGACGAGCUCCGGUAAUUCGGGAUAUCUGUGGAUGGGAAUUUUUGAAUUGGAGGUCCCUUUAAUCUUCUGCUUUCAGUAGCGAGCAGUUCUGCUUGUUAGUUCGUUCUCUUGGUUUCCCUUACUCCGAGAAUUUGGUUGCUAAAGGAAGUGGAAUGUCCUGAAAAUAAAAGAACGACACAAUUGUGCUCCAAGUAGAACACUUGAUUUUAAGUAAUUCUUUGUGGCCGAGUCAGAAAUGUUGUCAUAAACCAAUUAAAUUACCCGUUGAUUUAGUAACUCUGCUAUCAGUAAUUGUCACUGGAAGUAACUAAAAAAAAUGACAAACAACUCAUGUACGCUUCCUGAGAGCUAAAAUAUUUUUUUUUUUCAUUUUUUAUUGCUGGAAAUUGAAGAUCCCUCUGCAUUCCUUGUUUGCUAUUUCAGCAGCAAAUAUGUGCCGGAAAAAUGGGGAAAUAACCGAAAAUUCUCGAAUUUUGAUCACCAUAUCUGUAUUCAAACUAAACACAAUCCCGGAAAAAGCUAAAGAUAGCCGUCUUCAAAGGGUAUGAGGGAAGAAACCAUCGACCACGAUUUUAUAGAAGUAUAGAAAAGCCAGUGUUCAUAAGGAAAUGCAAACUUCAAGAUUUUCAGUUUGAACUUAUCUUCAUUUGUUCCCAGUAUUAAAGCAUCUCGGAUAUUCAACAUGCACUGGAUAUGUCAAUAUUCCGAAAAUGCUUUCAUGGGUCAUGGUGUAGAAUCUCUACUCUGUUUUGGCAUAUUGACUCAUUCUUCUGUGCCCUUUUUUUUCUGUUAAGUUCUAAGACCGUAAACCACUGUACACGUAAUUGUACUAUUAAAUAUCACUUUCAGAGAAAUUUUAAAAGUUGUCCACAUACAUUUGAUAUAAGGAAAAAUUGAACAAAAAUUAUCAGCAAUGCUUGUUAAAGUUUGGUCGAGUAUUAUUAUUUAAACUUUUUGGAGCAUCAGAUUAUCAUUACAAAAGCUAUCCGUCGUUAUUGAUAUUGGAUAUUUAUUAGUGUAAAUGCAUUAAUAAUUAUUUAUAUAAAUGAAAUCGUUGCUGGGGGCCUUGACAGGGAAUAUAAUUGACAAGGUGAGCGACCAUAGGAAAACUACGUUCGAGUUUGGAACUUGUCUGUACUUAAUUAUUCUAAGGCUGGGGAAGAAGGGGAGCAUCUCUUUGAAGCUCAUAUUGAAUAACUCAUUCCUUUAGUAUCUCCUUCUCAGGAAGGUUAACACACUACUUGUGCCAGGUGAUUUGUAAUUCCUAUUCAUUAAGAAAACGACCAUUGUUCACUUUUUUUGCAGAAAGCGUGCAGAACGCUUAAUUGAAUUUCACUUCAUCCAAGCGAAUGUAAUGUUGUGUGAAAGAUAAUGUUAUCUCUGUUAGAGCCAUGUUAGAGUAAUUAUUCUUUUUUUUCCCCCUCCCUUUACGUUGUUGAUCCUUAUGCUCUCUCUCUUGCUAUUCCACUUGUCAUGAGCGAACCAUUUCCUUUGCCCUCUAUAAUUCGAAUUCUAUACUUUUCCCUAAACUUCAUGAUUUUGUUACAGGUACAUUUCUGAUCAAUUGCAAAGAAUACAAAUUGUGAAUCAGAUCAACAAGGUAAAUGAUUAGUUGAAUUGAAUUUUUUACAGGUGCGUGCUUGUGAAAUUAUGUUUUUACUUGAUAUUCUCUCGUGAAGGAUUUCGUCAUUGAAGCUCUUAGAUCGCUUGCAGAGCUAGUUACAUAUGGUGACCAGCAUGACCCUUCCUUUUUUGAGUGAGUUCGCUCAUGACUGAUAUUUGUUGGUUUUGCAUGAAUUAUUACCUUUUUUUAGUCUAAGCAUUGCUGUUGUGCAGGUUUUUCAUGGAGAGACAACUCAUGGGUGAAUUUGUUCGUAUACUAAGAGUAAAUAGAACUAAGGAUGUCCCGCUUCAGUUGCUGCAGACAAUUAGCAUAAUGAUCCAGAACUUAAAAAGUGAACAUGCUAUUUGUAAGUAAGCAAAUGGAAGAGCUUAGAUAUGUUGUGCAUCUGGUUGAGAGCAUUGUAGUUUUGCCUCUUUUCUGAAACUUUUAAUUGAUUUACGAUUCCAAGUGAUGACAUUUUGUUGCCUUUCUUCUGCAGAUUAUAUUUUCAGCAAUGAACAUAUUAACCAUCUCAUAAUGCACACAUUUGACUUCAAAAAUGAGGAGCUUCUAUCAUAUUACAUAUCCUUUUUAAGGUUUGCGUACUGUUGAUCAACUUUUCAUUUUUUUCCUGCCUUUCUUGGCCUUGUUUCCUUUUCUUUAGCUUAUAGCAUAGCAUUCCUCUUUAAAUUUCUGAACCACAGAACAACCUCUUUAGUCAACAGUUGUUUUUCUUGUCCUUUCAGGGCAAUAAGUGGAAAGUUGAACCGGAGUACAAUCCCAUUGCUUGUGAAGACAGAAGAUGUAAGUUUGACGUUGUAACAUGAUGCUGAAUUCCAUAUUCGUUUGCCACAAUCUUAUUUUCUCAACAGAGGCACAUUUAAAUUUUCGUUCAAGUUUAACAUGUUGGCCUUCAUGUGUUUCCCUAUUAGAUUGACACAGAAAUAGGUCUGACUCAUAAUAGAAGUCAUCAUAAAAGGGGCGGUCUUUAAUUGGACUGGACAGGGAAUAGGUCUGACUCACGGAUGGCCAAACAAGAGUACACCAUCUGAAAGAUGCAUUGGUUCUCCGAAAUACUAAAUUAUGUUGUCCACCAUUAACUUGAAGUCAUCCUGACGACAUUUUCCUCAAAAGUUAUCGUAAGUAGUAUUUUUUAUUCAAUAUCGCUGCAGGUCCAUCCCUUCAUCAUAUUUAGUCACCAAAAAUGCAUGUUUUUCCUUUUUCUUUCCAUCAGAAGCCUGACUGAUGAAUUGUUUUCUAAGUGAUGUUUUACAGAAUUAGUAUUAACUUUCAAAAUUUUAAGGUAUGGGAAAAUAAGGUUUUAACCUAAUAAAUGAAUACCCUUUGAUUGAUUUUUAUUUAUGAUGUAAGAAUUUGAGUCCUUACAAUUAGUAGAGAAAUAUGGUAAGACAAUGGGACUAUUUAAGCUAAAAAAAGGCCGCUAAGGAAAUCUCUUGGUCUUAUAUUUUUUACUGUAUGGAUCUAGGAUUUUACAGUGAAGAUCCCCAGGACAGCCGGGUAACAUAGAAAUAUUGAGUGUAUGCAUAUAUUUCAUUCCUAGGAAUUUUAUUUUGUAGGUCUAGAAUUGUGAUAGUGAGUCAAUGAGAUUGCAAGAAAACUCAAAUAGAUAAACACCUCAAAAUAAUUCUUGAGGAAUAUGAAUGUGCUGUACUUUAUGAACAGGUGGGGAUUUUAACUCUUAUUUGAAGACGUAUGUAAACAUAGAAUACAAGGAAAUUCUAAUUUCAUUUCUUUACGUAUAAAUUUAGAAAAUUAAUCACACAUUGUUUUUCAUCUAUAUCCUGUACGGAUCAUUCAAACUCCAUGACCAUCUGAGAUGUCUCUGCUUAUCUAGUCCCUUUUUUUGGGGUCCUAUGCUUGACUAAGAUCCCCAGGACAGCCAGGUAAAAUCUGGGUUAAGCAUAAGCCAUUGACAUACAAAGUAGGUCUCAUGCAGAACUAUCUGAAUGCUGGUAUUCUUGAUACUCCCCUCAGUAUUCACAGCAUUUCUCAGUUAUUUUAACUGAUUUGAGGAACAAUAAUAUGGCUCUGUGGUGAGCCCCUUCUGGGUACUUAACGACUGAUAUGUGCCACACGUUGCUGACAUAUGAGAUGUCUCACGUGCUUUAAAUUCUCAGAGCUUGUACUACCGAGUUUAGGUAAAUGUUUUGUUACGUUUGACAUGGAAAUGGCUGUAACUGUUGGCCUUCUCAGACGUAACGACUCAUCAAAAAAACCGUUUUUCAAACUUUGUAUGCAUUAUAAGAUGAGUAUCUAAAUUAUUGUUGAGAGGGUAAGAUUUGCAUGAGUAAUUGUGAAGAGUUUGACAUAAGUAUUGAGCAAAACGUAGGAGAGGGCCCAGGCUCAAAUCUGAUGAACUGGACCUAUCCAUGUACUUAUCUAUGAUGGAUGAUGGAUGGUGAGAUGAUGCGAAGUAUCUAUGAUGAGAUUAAUAUGGGGGCUCUUUGACUACUGGAUGGAGGUGGGGGAGUAGGGUUUGUAAUGAGAAAAGUGUCACUGUGAGUGUGAACACAGAGAUCAGUAAAGUAUCCAUGGCAACUGUGAUCCUCGUGUAUGGAGUUGAAGAUUUUCUUGUCAUAUUUGGGGAGGUCAUGCACUCCAAUUGCCAUACAUUACAGUAACUAGAAGUACCAGUGAAAGGUUACAAGGGAAAACUCUCCUCCAAUGGUUGCUGUUUCGUUCAUAUCUAUAUUAUCUAAGCAACCUAUUUAGUCUCUAAUGUCUAUUCAAGAUUCUAAGGUCUGCUGUAAAGAUGUUGGAAGUAAUUCAAAUAGAUUUCUCUAGCAUAUUUGUGGGAAAAGUCAAGUUUCAGCAACAUACCUGAAAAGAGAACCGAUGAAGAAGUCGGCUGCCCAGAUGAAUUUCCUGCAAAAAUGUGAAAUCUGAUGUUCUCCUGCGGAAUGACAUACUAUUCUUUAUGUUUAGAACCCGAUUCAUAUUCUUUAUUUUGAUUUUUAUUAUCUUCUUAUGCAUCUUUAUGGACCUCCCCCCAACUGGCCCAUUACAUCUUUUGCGUGUCCACUGUCGGUUGCAUCACCAUGCUUGCUCCCACUUAUGAGAGACAAUACUCACUGACCUUUUGUAUGCUGUUGGGUGGGGAAAAAGGAUAAAAAAUUCAAUAAGUCUGGGCCCCUCCAACGCCACUUAUCAUUGAUGAAGUUUAACUUUCCCAUUGAGGAUGAAGACCUUGAUGCGGAAUAUUUUAUGCAGUGGAUAUGUAAGGCUAUUGGUUUGUGAACAAGCACAGCUUUAGUGAUUCAGACGAGGUGUUGUAGUGCAUUCUGGUUGGUAAGGAUGCCACAUAAGAUCGUUGUCUUAGUUAUUCUGUAGUGCCAUGGAAUAAGUUAAGUCUGCAGACGUUCAUAUUGGAUGCUUGUAUCAGAGAAAAAAAUGCCAGGAUCUGCUUUUGGUUUCAUUUUAUACACGCAUUAUUGUGCUCAUUUUAUCACCACCAGAACGUGCCAAAGCGGUAGCUUCUAUUUCUUAAUUUCGAUACUGUGGUAAAAUGCGGUUUGCAUCUGAGGUUGUGUUAACUUCCUUUGCCUCUUUGCGAGUGCCGGUGGAUAAGGGAUUUUAGUAGUAGGCGGCACCCCCUCUUAGUUUUGAGUAGGCGGAACCAUUCAGUUUAAGAAUGAUUAGAAAGAAGGUUCUGAAUAAAGGAGAAAUAUACGACUUUGCAGUGCAUUAUUUUGCUGCAGACAUUAUUCUGCUCUGCUUGUCUCUUCUUUUCUAUUUUAUCCUGUUUCAUUUUAAACAAACCAGUUCGUAUUUUCAUUUAGGACAAAGUAAUUUCCUUUCCUUUGUACACAAAAGCAAUUGAUUUUGCUUCAGAUGGGGAGAGCAUGGUCCGUAUUGCUGUACGUGCUUUGACACUUAAUGUCUAUCAUGGUAUGUUGCAUAAGUCUCUUUAAUUAGUUUGGUCUGUUUUCAUCUCCAUACUUUUGGAUGACAAACUGAUGAUAUAAUCUUGUGCUCUUUUCAUCUAUGUUCUUGCUUCAGUUGGAGAUGAGCAUGUUAACAAAUACAUCUCCAGCCCUCCACUUUCAGAUUAUUUCUCAAAUUUGGUUAAUUUUUUUCUGAAGAAGUGCAUUGAAUUGGACAGUCUGGUAACCAGAUCUUCCAAGUAAGAUUCUUUGCUGAUUGAAGAGUAGUUCAGAGAACACAUAAUAGCUAUAUGGGCAUUCACUAUUUGGUGUUGAUACGAAUGUGCCAAUUCUGCUUUUCUAACUUCCAAUGUUUUCCUUCUUUGACAGGAACUCAGAACCUUCUGAUUCAGCCUCCCGCAUUCUUACUGCAGUGGAUCGGAUUGAAGAUGAUUUGUACUACUUCAGUGAUGUGAUUUCUGCUGGAGUUCCUGACAUGGGAAGAUUAAUAACUGACUCUAUGUUACAGUUUUUAGUAUUUCCAGUACUUCUGCCCUCCUUGAAGGAGCAAACCAAUGUACGUUCCCAUCUCCCUAAUAUUUUUGUUUUGCAUUGCCUUUUGGAUGAUUGGUAGUUGCGUUUUUGUUUUUCAUAUUUUUAUUUAAAAUGUAUACUUAUAAUCAUUCUGUAAUGACCUUCAGGUUGCUCAGAUAGGCAUCAAUUCUUCAUUGUAUUUGCUAUGUUGCAUCUUACACAUUGUUAAAACCAAGGAAUUGGCCAGUGGUAUUGCUGCUGCUCUUUUCUUUAGAGUGGAGGCCUUCAUAUCCAAGUUGAAUGCCAAAUCUAAUGGCCAUGCCUGUGAUCCUUGCAUCCCUAAUGAACAUUGCGAACAAGAUCACGAUUCUCUUUGCACAGUUGCAAACGAAGGAAGGUUAGGAGUUGGCACAGUGAAAUCCAGCAUUUUCUCUCCAGUAGCCUCAACAAAUGAUCCGUCCUCGGAACAGAAUCAUUGUGUUUCACAAGUCUCGUUAAGGUACUUUAUCAACAGUUGAAUAUUUCUCCUAACUUGCGACUGUUUAUACAAGAAAUGCAGUUUCUACUAGAUAUUGAACGCCCUUUUUUUGCGAAGUUAUGCCAUACUUUACUAUUAAAUAAUGGAACUGCAACUUGUUAUUUUAUUUGGUUUACUGUAAUAUAAAGUAGAGAAAUCGUUGACAACUGAGUUACCGCAUUAUACUUUGGUCGCAUUAUUGGUCGGAUUUGAUGGUUCUGUAUGUUUUAUUUGUAUUCUUAUUGACCAUAUUAAAGUAUUACAUCGGAAAGACAUUGUUAGGAUCCAUUCGUAUCCAAAUUAUAGACUGGGUCACAAAUUUCCUCAAUCAAAUUAGAAGAUAACAUUUAAAUAUAGUUUAAAUAUCAUUAAGCGCCAGCGCCCUUUUACCUUAAAAUCUCACGUAUUUGUUUAUGAUGGCUGCUAAUAAAUUUCUCGCGUACAUUUUCCCUAAAAAAGGGAAAAAAUGUAAAAUAGAAUGGAGGAGAUAAAUAUAAGCCUGGGUUUUCUGGAUUCUGCAAAAGCUUGAUUAGAAAAAUAUAAGACAUCAUUUUGAGUCAGCAUAGGUUGGCCAUUCGGCCAAUCUUUUUACUGAUGUGGACUUAUAAAAUUCAAAACUAAAGUCAACAAACGCUUAUGAGUUGUCCCAAGUUGAACUCGGGUGGCAAACUCUGAAGAAUAAUCCAUAAUAUGAAAAUGGUCACCCACAAUGUGACUCUUGACCCAGGAAACUCAUCUCCCCAUGACAGCUUUAAAUAUUUGUGAGAUAUGAUUAAAUCUGCGAAAGAUUAUUCACAUACAUGCCAUUCAAUUUGGAAGUAUCUACAAAUUCGACAUUCUGUAAGGGAAUGCAUGUAAAACGCUACCAAACGAUAGGAAAUCAGCGACUUAUAUUUCACAGUUUCACUGCUUGGUUCAUUUGAUUACUUAAUUUUCCUUUCCAAAAAAAUAAAAAAAACCUUAUAUUAUGUAUUUAUAAAUUUUUACGUAUUUUGAUAAAACAUUUUUGAGAAAUAAAAUUGAAAGUGGAUAUAUUGAUUUAGAGAAAAUUUAUAGAGUGACAGGGAAUGUUGCUUGGUUGAUAUCAGGGAGUUUUGUGAUUCCAAAUUGUAUGUGGUAGUCAUCAGGAAUAUGCAUAGUCUAAUAAUAAAUAUGAGGCCAUUUGUCAGAAAAAUAAACAAAAAAUUGAUUUUAGUCGAUUUACAUCAGUAAUCAGCAUUGUUGGUUCAGACUCUUUUCCUACAAUACAUUGAUUGACUGUGAAAGCCAAGAAUGGCUUGGUGUACAUUAUUGCAAACAAUGUGGCCGAAUAGUAAGAAUUCACUAGGAUAUAAUUUAUGAUGAUGUAAGGACUACAUGAGUAAAUCAAAAUAAAAUAUAAGUUGUACCUUGAUGGGAAAAUAAGGUGAAAUAGGCCGUCUAUGACCAUUUUAGGUAUUUAAAUUUAUUUAUGAAAGAAAACGGUGUUUUUUUACAGGGAUCUGAUCCACAGGAUACACCUUCUUGAUAAAAGAUAGAGAGACUGCUUCAGUGCUCAAUGAAGUAGGUCUUUUAAAUUGAAGGGAAUUUUUUAAAAGAAUAUUCAUCAUUCUUGAGGAUUGGGCAGUUAAAAUGAGAGCAAUUUGGUAGAUGUGUAGAGAGGAGAAAUUGCAUAAAUAGAUGUGGUUAUGAUUAACAGGAGUACUUAUUGAUAUUUGACCAUCAUUGAUGUGGGGGUUCUAAAAAGAAAGAUGAAGAACAUAAUAUAUUUAAUAGGUGUUGAAUGCAAGAUCAGUCUUGAGCAUGGUAUAUGAUGGAAUGCAUUGUCAUGAUAGGAUAUAUAUUUUUGAUCUUGAUUGGUUAGGAUUUUGGAAAUGAUGAUUUUCUAUCAUGCAGAGCAAUUGAAUUCUGUGUAAAGUGUUUCAUUGAUUCUAAUCGUUACAAAGCAGUUUCAUAUAUUUUUAACUUUACGGUCCCAAAAGUUUUUUAUUUCUUAUAGUUUCACUCGGAAUUUUUUAUUCCCGUCAUAAUUCUCUCCUUUUAUCUGCAUUUGCGUCCCAUAAUGAACAUUUUUUUCUGUUCAAUAGGGAGCUCUUGCUAUCGUACAUCAUUACUGGCAAUGAUAUACAAGUUUUGGGUUCUUUGAGUUUGUUUGCUACCUUGCUGCAGACUAAAGGUGGAGAUGGUUUUGUGAUUUAGGAUCGAUUGACUCUUUAUAUUUGAGUUAAUAUAAUUAUGAUGCUGUUGUUUUUGUAGAACUAGAUGAAUCGAUGCUUGAUGGACUUGGGAUUCUUCCCCAAAGGAAGCAACAUAAGAAGCUCCUCCUAGUAAGUUCCAAGACUGCAUUUUUAUUGUUUGAAAGCUGCGAGUUUUGGUUGCUCCCUUUUGAUGACUGAACUAUUUUGAAAUAGGAUAACCAAAAUUUCCUUGUGAUUAUCAUUAUUAACAGCUUUUUCAUGAUUGAUAUUAGCCUAUUAUGAUCAGGGAGUUUUCAGUUGAGAUGGAGACUUGAUUUUUAAUGCUAUUGAUCUUGGUCUAAAGGGCCAAAUGUUGCCAAUAAUCAAUCAUAGCUACCAACAAUUCAUUCUUGAUCCAGCCAAUCUUGGAUUCUUGUGUCAAUGGCUGCUUUAGCAGGAGAUAAAACUUAGUUUUGGAUGUCAUGUGCUGGCUAUUGUGACUGAAGCUAGAUUGUUAUUCUGUUCUUUUGUGCAAGGAUUGGAUAAUAUGAUCGCUACAAAAAAGUAGGGACAAUUCUAUGCUAGCUUUGCGCUUGCCACAUUAUUUUUACACAUUUGUUUAUAUGUUUCAUUUUGUAUUUUAUUGUGUUUUCCGUUUUCAGUGUAAUUCCACUGCAUAGAUGUUUCAAGAUUUCUUUUUCAUCCUAAUGUAGUAAGUUUAAGUAAUAUAUUAUCAUCCAUCUCAGCAAGCUUUAGUAGGUGAGGGCUCAGGUGAGGAUCAGCUAUUUUCUUCAGAGAGCAGCUUGGCGAAAGAUAGCAUCACUACUGAACUUGAUGGAUACAUUCAAAAGCUUAAGGUAUCCAGUUUUAACUUAUUCAUUUCUUUGUACCAUUUAGUUGGCAGAUCCUAUGCAGCAAGCUGGUGUUACACUAUGGCUGCUGACUUGUUGAUAUACAUAAAUAUACUGCUACUAAUUUGAUUUUCUAUGAAGCACGUCAUCUGAAGUUUUAAAGUGUUUAUCAGAAAAUAAGGUCUUCCAUAUGUAGCAUCUCCUUGGGAAAACAUGAACUGUGUGUUUGAAUCGACAGCUGAGAGGCAGGUUUGACGACAUCAAUUCCUCUUGUGGCACCCUCUUCUUGAAGAGUCGGAAAUUUCGGAAAUUGCAGGAGCUAAAUGAUUUCUGUUUAAGAUUGGACAGAGGUGAUACAUCCUGGGCUCUGUCUGGUACCUUGUACAGAGAGAUUACACAAAACAUGAUAGAAUGAUGGGAAAACUAAGGAAAUAUUAAUCAUCUCUCAAUGGUUUUGCUUACAUUAGGGAGUCCUGAAAAGACAGAGUGCUGUGAAAUAGUGUCAGUCGAAUUAUUGUAAGGAAUAUCCUUGUAUGGACCCCCAUUUUCUUCAAUUUCCAUUGGAAGCUCGUUUCUUCUAAAUUCCUGCAGUGAAAAUUCAAUCUCUUUCAGUAAACAACUAAAGCCAAUAAUACACUUUCCAAUUAGGAAGAUAAUGGCCUGUGCUAGACUGAUAUUGCCUCUACAUCUUUUACAUGAUGGAAAUCUUGUACCAAUUUUUUUUAUUUUUUUCUAUUAGUGAAAAAAACUGUCACUAAGAAAACCAGAGAAUUAGACUAGCUUCUUUUCAAGUACCUCUUUGAUCCAGAGUGAUCACUUAUGCUACUAGAGACAAGAUUCUUUGUUCUUAAUCCAUGGAGUUUUGCAUGAUCUUAGGUACUAUGUCCAUCCUCAUUUAUUGUUUAAAGUCAUCAUAAGAAAUGGAAAACCUUUUCCAAAUGUCUGAUUUGUGGGAGCAUAUUUCGAUGAUGAUUUUGUGCUAUCCUGUCAUUGUGCAUGUUUCUUUUCUUCAGGAUCUUUACGGGCAUUCUUAUUCUGUGGAAUCAGAAGCAAAUUUUCAAAAGCAUAGACUCCAGGUAUCUUUGCAAUCAUCAAAAGCAGUAAAUUUUAAGGGAUAAUUAUUUGAUUAAUUAUUUUUUUUAAGGAUGCUGAUGCCUCGCGGUCUUGCUGUGCUUAUAAUAAGAAGAAAAUUUGCUUGUGGGGUUCUGAUCUUGAAAACUGGAUGUAUGAUUUUUCAUUAAUGUGUACACAUGCUUUCCCUGUCAUGGGCAUAUUGUUUCCAUGCGUCUCAUGUUUUUUAAGCCAUUCCCACAUGAUGGAAUUAUUACUUUAUUACUUUCAGAAUUAUUCGUUUGAUUUAUUUUUAAAUUUUACUUGUUAUACAAAUUUUCUGUCUAAUCUAUCUGACCCCUCUAUGCAAAGCUUUUAAUAGAUGUGGCAGAACGAAACUAUGAGCAUCCAUACUAUUGUUUAGAGUAGUUCCUUUUUUGAGGCUUGACAAAUCACUCCUGCUCUAAAAAUAAAAUUUCGAAUUAGUUAGAAAUUCUAUGGCGAUGUUAUCACGUCUGUAUUCUGGGAUUUUGUUUGAUUGUGAUAAUAGCAGAUUAGUUUUAUUAAAUUUAUUAUUUGUUUAAGUUUAAACGUUGGGAACAUAUCCUACAAGGAUUGUGGCUAUCUUCUUCCUAUGAAUUAAACGACUUCAAAAACCGUCAUUUGUGGACGUGGUUCUGUUUUAGUAACUAAUUCAAGAUGAACAUUUAUUCUUUGGAGAUAGCACUUGGUCACUAUGACUGAAUAAUUUAUGAUCUUACCGAAAUACUGCCUUUGUCUCUUAGGUGCUCGAUGCACUGGUCAGUCUCUUCUGCAGAUCUAAUAUUUCUUCAGAAGCGCUAUGGGUUGGUGGUUGGCUUUUAAGACAGCUCCUACCGCAUAGUGAGAAAGAAUUCAACAGCCAUCAUCUUGAACACUUAAAGGUAAGGAACAUUUUUCUCGCUGCAAGCCCUAGAUAUGUCUACAGUCACGAGUUGUGCUUGUAUAUAUACCUUGUGAACUUAAUUUGUUUCUAUGUGAACUGAGAUUCGGAUUGGGAUCUGGACAUUGCUAACUCUUAUCAAGGAUCCUAUUCAAUUCAUGGACUUGGUUACUUCUAGGACCAGUCGGGGAACUUGAGGACAAAGAGAGGGAAAAAAGAGAUAAACGUGAGAUAGAAGGAAAAAAUCAAACCAAACACGUAGAACCUCACCUAUUUAACUUGGAAAAUAAUGGGAAAUGUAAGGCAGCUUUGGUGUAGCUGGUGGGUUGAAAGUAGGGAUUCUCAGCAUUAUGGGUUAUUUUGAUCUGGCUCUUGUGAGAAUAUAUAUUGGUAACUAGCUGGAGUUAUUUACCAUACUUUUCUUCAUUUUCUCAUUCACGUGGAUAAUAGAAACCCUCUGCUUCCUUGGAAAAAUGAAUAAUACCACAUGACACAGGAAUAAAUCAGAAUACCUAUUCCUAAAUUUUAUUUUUGAAGCGGAUGUUGUACAAUCGUAUCUAGAAUGAACUGUACAAGACCAAUCGAAUACGCCACGAUGUUUUCUUCUAAUUAAUAAAUCUGGGCUCUCAAACUGGAAAACACCUCUUAGCUCUUCGAACAAUUCCCCCUUAGCUCUUCGAACAAGUGUAAAGCCUUGGCCUAAUCAUGGUUUCCCUUACUACGGAUAUGAUCACGUACACAAUCGAAUUCAGAAUUCAACCACAGUAAAACCUGGAAUACACUCUCCACCUUCAACAAAUUCCUCAGCCUUGCUAUUUCUGCGGCACUUUCCAUCUCCACAUUUGACUCUAAUCUAACUCUGUUAAGGCCCGGCAGUUUGUUAAUGUAAUAUCUAUGACACUCUGGAUCACUUGCUUUGUCUUUUGAACUUGUCUCUUGAUCUGAAAAUCUGAGAUGCAACUUAUUUUUCAAUAAGUUUUAUUGAGAACAACUAUGCCUGGCCGAAGGAAGGAGCAGAUAUUCCUUGUUGAUUUGUGGUGGCAUAUAAUGGAGCAGACAUGAUAUUACUCUUGUAUUUUCGACCUCUCCAUCGUCAAGUGAAGAGAUUCUUGGAGUCUCAUAAUGCAUAUUUAAACUACUAGAGAAACUCUCUCAUUCAGUUUUAACUUUAGAGAUCCAAAGGGUAGGAUCUUCAAACUAAAGAUAAAUUUGAAUGCUGAGAAUAUUCUUUUAGGGGUUUUUAGCAUGGUUGAAAUAGAAGGGGGAAUGGAAAAGACAGGAAAAGAUUGGAAGCCUAGGAUGUUGCCAGAUGUUGGAGAGAGAAAGAGGAAAAAAUGAUAAAGAGAUCUCCCUGAAAGAAUAUAAGCAAUGAAGGCCAAUCCACGUUCUAGUAGUAUCUAAAUACUAUGGAUGUCUUGUCCUCGUGACUAUGAUGGACUUCUAGAUCAUGAAAAAAUAGCUGGAUAUUAGAAACCAUUCUUCAAGCCCUUUUUUUCCUGUAAACUUAGCAGUCAGGAGAGUUCCUGAAACAUUUUACUUAUUUUCCAUAUACAAUAAACGUAGUUCUCUCAGUCUUUGAGUUUCCAAAAUCUUCAUCUGUACUUGCAUAGAUAUCAGCUAGAAGACAAUCGAGCCUUUUAGGUGCGCCAAUCCAACUAACGAGCUUGAGCUCGAUGAUACCAAAUGAGCUAUUCCACCAUAAGUUUGGGUUUGGUUUACUAUUUCCCAAGGGGCUUGUACCCGUUACCAAAUGGAUUUCAGCCACCCAUCAAGUGAGCUUGACCGCGCUGGUAAAUUGACCUCAAUCUGCCACAAUGUAGAGCAUGGACUCGACCUCAAAUGGACUUCGAUCAACUACAAUUUGGUUCCAGUCCUGACAAUACUGACAAAUGAAAUCCAAUCCUUACAAUCGUUUCACUUCAACUGUAUCAUUGUGAAAAUAUUUAGUCACUUUUAAUGCUUCUGAAAGCUAUCCAGCGUUCAAUCCACUAAAAUUUUAACUCGCUUAUUAUUCAGAAAUGGUGAAAUUAAUACCAAUGGUUGUUGUAGUCAGUGGGGUGAAUCCAUAUGAUGAAAUUACAAGUUAUUACCAUGGGGCCAAUUGAAGUAAAUCGUCUGAAAUAUAUCCCAAUAAAGAAGACACCUAAUUGAAUCAGAAUCAGCUUCAACGCUUCCAAGCAAAAAAGAACACAUAAAAAACUUGUGUCAUGACAUAUUCAUCCACUCUUCAUCUAUUGUAGAUACUACUUUAUAAAACAAUCGCCAAACAUAAUGAAUUCCUUUGAAAGAGUCAAACAACAUUUAGAGCCAUUGUGCAGUUAAGCUGCGAAUAUGUCUAUGUGUGUUUAUAUUUAAGUGUAGUGUAUAAAAUGGAUUUUGCUGUACUGACGAAAUAGUUCGCUGAAUUUGAUUUAUCUUAUAGUUUGAGUGCUCUGGUUCACAUGUAAAGCCUGUCUCAACUACUCGUACCUUUUCAAACAUUUUUUCCUUUGAUGCAUAUGUUGACUAGUUGUGAAGAUAUACGGUUCUAUAUAGCUAUCAUAAUUUUAGUCAUAAAUUUGAGUUAUUUAAUUUUUAUAAUUUAAAAGUUGCUAUUUAUUCUGCAUCAUGAUUCAAGUACAGAGUUCCCACAAAAAAUCAGCCACAAGUCUUUCUGAGGAAAUGAAAGGAAGCUGGUGUGAUUUCAUUGUAUCAGUUAUUACAGAUGAAUGGAACAAAUGCAAAAAAGGUAUCUAGAAGUAGUAGAAUGUCUUAAUUACUCGCAAAUCAUGAUUUGAGUUAUGUGUAACAUAAUUUUUCAAUUUGCAGCAAUUGAAGCAUCAAUACCUCAAAGAGAUCUGAAAUGCAUACUGUUGCCUUCUAAAACAUGCGUUUCUGAAGGUUCGACAAAUAUGCCUAUCCCUGACUUGUUUUAAUCUGUUUUUAUUCAUCAUAGAUAUCUGUAGGCAACUAAUGCCAGAGGAUGGUUCUUAACACCAGCUGGAUAGUUUUUCAGGUGACUCAUCCUUUGUUGCUGGUGAAAGACUGUUUGAGACUGUAAAGGUUCGUUUAUCCUAAUUUAGCUGUUUGAGUCAUCUACAUCGAAUAACAGUUUUUAAUGCCAGAAGAUCUUUGAUGUCCUAGAGUUAGAUUCAGUCCUCCCCUUGUUAGGUCAAACAGUUUUUAAUGCUGUGAAUGGGGAAAACAACUAUACAUCUUUGACAAGAUUUUGCUCAAAAAGAAUAAUGUGUGAACGAGCAUUUAUCACUGAUAACUCUGUUCUCUUUUUGCAGAAUGAAUGCGUUCGUGCCAUUAUGCCAUUAAAAUUUAGCUCUUAUUCACUACUGUUGGGGUCAUAAUAGCACUUUUCUUUGACGCUUUGCCUAUUUCCUUGCAACAGGUGUUUGUUCUUCGACAUCAGCUUCUAAUCUUUUCUUCAGGUGGAUCUUUACCAGAUCAGCCUUCUGUAAAUUCUCCUAGCAGUUGUCUUGUACAUUCUCGAGCAAAAAGUGCUGGCUUGGAUGUUUUAGUACCAAAGCCUGGCACAGAGGUUAAUCUAGGUCAGAUGUUUAACCGACUUCAAUUACUUUCGAUGCUCAUCUGACAUUCUUAGUCUGCUUUUACAAAAGAGAAACUGCUUUAUUAACUUGUUGUUAUUCUUCGUUUCGUAGUUGACGCAAUAUCUUGUAGAAUAGCAUUUGAGAGAGGAAAAGAACGCCAUUUUUGCUUCCUAGCUGUUGCUAGAGGGACAUCAGGGUGGAUUCUUUUGGCCGAAGAGUUGCCCUUAAAUCAGGAAAAAGGGAUUAUUCGUGUUGCCGCACCCUUGGCUGGGUCAAAUGUAGGUGAUCUUCAAUUUUCUAGUUAUUACCCUUCUUGAAUAGUUUAAUUUAUGUGAUUAUUUAUUCAUAUCGUUCCUUCUACUACCUGUCAAUAAGAAAAGUGAUUGACAAAAAUUGACGCAACUCGCUGACAACUGUCACACUGAUGCUUUGCAUCCUAAUGAACAUGGGGCAAAGGCUUACCUUUAUGAACAUUCUGCACCCAUGUAUCAUUCAAAUUCGCUGCUACUUGAUCUAGUUUGACUUGUUGCAAAAGAAAAAAGAGAGAAAAUGAUAAAAAAAUUGGACACUUUGUGACGAAACUUGGUCAACUUGUUUUAUUGGCGAUCAGUUCCUGUUAGAAUUGUGUUGACUUGAUCUGAUCGGAAUGGCUAACAGAUCAACAAAUUUCAUAUCCGGCCAAAUCUGACCUGAUUUACCGAGAGUACUUCGGCCAGUCUCUGAUCUUAAAUCCAUGGUUGAUCUUAGGCGGACAGUUACACCUUGAUCUGUUUCAGCUCCGAAUUAGCCGGUUUUAUGAUCAGAACUAAUUCAAUAUAAAAAAAUGUUUCAGUAUUUUUUUAGUUGUUUUUAAAGUUCUCAUGAUAAGGUUCCUUGAUCAAUGAAGUAACUCAUCCCUCGAAGUACCACAGACUGAGUGAUUCUCAUCUCUAAACACUAUCUGUAGUAUCAACUUGAAUUUUUUGUUUCUUAUUUUUUUUUACUGCCGUAUAUAUUGCUGAAAACUCGACAUCCUUUCGUGAUAAUUGAUUUUGCUAAAUUUAGCUCUCACAGAUGGCUGCCUAUCCAUAGGCUUUUACCCCUUUCGUCUUCCUAUUCUUUUCCUUCCUGCAUGUGGCUGCUGUCAUAAGUUUCCUGGCCACUGAUGGACUUUAAAAGAGGUGUAUUUCGUCUUCCUGCUUUGGUACGUGGUUGCUGUUGCAAAAAUGCUCCAACUGCUGGUUCUUUUCCUCAUCUGUCUUUUUUGUCAUCUGCCUGACGGGGGCGUCUUUUCCGAAAUGGGAACAUGACCAAUCUAUUUCAGUUCAGUUCUGCAAAUGAAUUUUCAUUCCUUAUGCAUACAAGUUAUGGGAGCAUUCAGCCGUCUGAAUGAUUAUAAUAUGAUGGAUAGCAUAGGAAAUAUUGAAUUGACCAAUCUCCCUGGGUGUGAUUAAACCUUAAUCUUAAUUUCGGAUCAUUCAACUUUCAAUCUUGCUGAAAAUCUUUUAUUUUUUUUAUUUUUUUAUUUUUCCCUCUGGAAUGAUCCCUUUGCUGGGUAGUGACCUAGAACUCAGGCUUGUGCCAGUUCAUCGGCACAAAAUAAAUGUAACUUAUAUAAAGUGGAAGAAACAGGCAAGACAACCAAUGUAAUAAGUUUUGUACAUCAUUGACUGGGUAUUUGCUUCUCCCUGCGUAUGGUACAAUUUUUUAUCGUUAGGUAAUGGCCGCCACCUGCCAAGUGUUCCAAGUCUGAAUUCAGAUUAUCACUGUUUGUGGUCUUUUAUAGACAUUAGUUCUCCCAGAUAUGGUGCCCUAUUGAUGGAAAGCACCAGGCCCUAUAAUGAUGACGAGAAAUUCAAAUAUGAAAGUUAAUUGCCCAACAUCUAGUGCUGCACCUUACUAUCUUUAGACGAAUUCUUCUAUCUGGGUCAGAUGGACGGAUUCAGUCCAUCAAAGCUUCAGAAUCUGCGGCUUUCUGCCACGGUAUCUUGUGGGAAUUGUUUAUUAUUUUUUCCACUGAUGUGAGGAUUUCGGUUAUUAGUGGAAAUCCUCAUUGAUGAGCCACUCUGCGUCAUAUGCCCAUUUAAGAUCUCAUCAAUUCUCCUUCACUGGCAGUCUUUCGAAAAUGAUCUUAACGAGUCAACCCCUUCUGUUUGGUCUCAUGGUGGCUUGGAACGGAGCAACAGGGGCAUAGAACCUGCCAGGGUUGAUUGUAUGCAAGGUGUAGGCAGCUAUUGAUACAAUAUUCGGAAUAGCUAUGAUUUAGCCAGAUAAUCCUAUUUUUUUUUCAACAAUAUUUAUCACUUUUCCUUCAUGGCUAGCCUUCACUGCAUCUAUCUACAUAGGUACAUAUAUAUGUAAAGAUUCAUUCUGAAAGCAUAUAUAACACUCGGAUGCUAUGUCUCUUUCCUUUUAUAUUCAUACUUCCCCCCCUCUUUAUAUUCAAUCUCCUCCUCCACUGAUUCAUCUUCGCAUUAGCUCCAUUAUAUUUGUUGAUUGUUCCUUUCUUCUGUAGAUUAGCCACACCCCGUUUAUUGAAUCUUCUCUCUCCAUAUCUUGUCACAGCCAAGAGCAGAUGAGAGGCAACCCAAGUGGCUGCACCUGCGCAUCCGCCCCUCAACCCUGCCCACCAGGGACGCGGCGAGCAACAGGAAGGUCUUGGUUGACGGCCGGUGGACCCUCGCUUUUGGCGAUGAGCAGACAUGCCAGUCGGCCAUCGCCAUGAUUCAAGAAGAGAUGCAUCUGCAGCAAUCUGAGGUGGAAAAGGCAUUAAGCCCCUUGCUUGACGCCUGA